AUGACUCAAGAGCCGACCGACAUCUUUGAAGUUUUGUCAUCCUACUACGAAUCUGAAAGUGCAGGCUCAGAGAGCUCUUUCUUAGCAUCUUCAGAAGACGACAACACAGAAAUCAGCGAAGAUCGCGAUUUCGUGGUUUCCGAUGGCGAAUCCCUGGUCUACACGGAAGGUUCAUCAGUCUCCUCUGAUGACAGUGAGCUCGAGGAACCAAAUUCGGAAUAUGACGAUGCCGCUGGGGUUGGUAAGAAAUUUCCCAUAAGUGCCAUCGCACAACGCGUCAUCAAUCGAAACGGAGUUCUGGUGACGCAGUAUUUGGUUCUUUGGCAGUCCUGGGAAGAUUCAUAUCCAUGA